AUGGAGCCCGACGGGAUAGGCCCCUCAUACCAGCACCACGCCGAGCAUUUUGCGCAUUCAAAAGCAAGCGCCUCGUACCCUCGAACGGCCGUCGACUGCGCUUCGCGGCACGACGGCCUUGGCUGCCCCACCCACCUCGAGAUCAACAAGGUAACCUUUCCCCCGUCUCGAGAGUCUCGCGCACCCUGCCUCGCUCCCUUCAGGGACUUCCACGACAGAGCUCGCUCUGGCCAGUUUUUGAUCCCUGACGAGAUUCCAAAGGAUCGAGAUGAACUGCGGGACGGGCAGGGAACGCCCGCUGUACUCUCGGUCCCUGCAAGAUGCCCGUGCCACGCGGUGACUAUCAUUGAUGGCUACUCGCUGGUGCAAGGGGAGUCACAAAACCCGGCCAACAUGGUUUUCCACCUUUAUCGAAGUGGUAUCAUCCGCCUCGACCGAGAAGCCAACAUGGAGAACGCUUUCCGGCCGCUCCAGGAGAAAGGAUACCAGGUAUAUAUGGACGAGAAUUCCAGACAGAACGCUGAAGCCCGGCGUUGCAUAAAAUUUCUUGGUGCAUUUCUCAGGCUCUUGGCGGAAGCAUACGAGUGCGACAUGAGCUUCUUCUUCACCACCUAUAGCAACAGCGACGGCGUCCACGUCUCCGAGGCGAAACUCAAGAUAACACAGGCGCUGGAGCAGCUUUUCAAGACUCCAUCCUGGGACGAAGCCGCAGCAAUCGUUAAGCCUUUGACACAUUUAUCUUGGGCUUGA